AUGGAUGAGCAGCUGACUAAAGCAAGUCGUCGAUUGACACAAGUGGCCGACUUCUUAACUGGAAACAAAACAGCUACUACCCUUCCGUGGGACCCGAACUGCACCAGAUUUCCUGCCAGGAAAGACGUACCAAAAAGAGAAGAUGCGCCUGAUGAAGCCGCUUGGGUAUGGGGGAAAAAUGACUAUCUAGGACGCAUCAACCUUCUUACUCCAACAAGAGUGGCAAAUUCUGCCAAGGAAAUCAAGCUUGGCUAUAUAGUCUCAUUGAACCUUCCACUUGACGUACCAAAGGUUCCAGCAUUUGCUCGAGAAGAGUUCAAACACGAAAUCAAAGCAUUGAGUGAAGGAGUGGCGUAUGAUGAUAAGUAUCAGUUGAACACCCAGUCCGGAACACAAUUCGAUGGGUUCCGUCAUAUUGCUCACAUGCCAACAAAAACAUUCUACAAUGGCACUAAGGGAAAGGACAUUCAAGGACCAGAACAAGAUCCCCACAAGUGUGGUAUCCAUCACUGGGGAAAACAUGGUAUUGCUGGGCGAGGAAUCCUGCUAGAUUAUUGGACCUACGCGAAUGAAAAGGGGAUCAUAUAUGACCCAUAUGAUCACUACACAAUUUCUUAUUCUGAACUUGAGGCGUGUGGUAAAUCUCAAGGAAUUGACAUCCGACCAAGCUUUCAGGGAGGCGACAUCCAAGUUGGGGACCUUCUUUUCAUUCGUUCAGGGUUUGUUGCGACUUAUUACACUAAAUCCCCCGACGCCCGGGCAGUGGCAGCCCUACGACCACAUACCGGUGGUAAAGACGACGGGCAACGCUGGGCUGGUGUAAAGCAAGAAACUGCCAUGCUAGAUUGGCUUCACGACUGCUACUUCUCUGUUGUGGCUGGUGAUGCUCCGGCGUUCGAGGCGUGGCCGAGUCAAGAGGACUACAUGCUUCAUGAGUAUAUUCUUGCUCUUUGGGGCAUGCCGUUAGGAGAGAUGUUCGACCUGGAAAAGUUGUCGAGCACCUGUAGAGAGCUGGAGAGGUGGAGGUUCUUUGUGACAAGCUCGCCGGCGAAUUGCGUUGGUGGUGUGAGUAGCCAUGGCAAUGCUAUGGCCUUCUUUUGA